UGUUUAGGCGCUCUCAUUCACCUCUGUUUAUGCCAAUAGAUGGUUUCUCUACGUUUACUGAAAAUAAGCUGCUGUCUCUUAGGUUGUGCGUGGCACACUAUAUGGUGGCACAACUUUCUUGAGUGUGAUAGGCUGCCAUUAACGAGAAUCUUGUGGGUGCCCCUGUGUGUGACAUCACUUAUCGGGACUGUGGGCUGACUAGCUGCUUUGUAGGAGGCAGUCCAGUGGAGCACCCGGUACUGGUAAUACGUGGUGCGCUUGGGGAACGCAUCCUGUGGCGGCGCGGAAGUCUCAGAGAAGCGCUAGACUCUAGGACUCUCUUCACUGUAAAAUGACGUGGACGGGCUUAGAAGCAUAUACAUCCUCUCCACAUGAUACCCGAAGCUGUCCUCGGAGGAUAGAAAUGAUGCCUGGAAGUCUUGGGGAGAGACAUUCCCCCGUCUGUAACCACGACGGGUAACAUGCAAGUUGUUUCUGGUCUUUUGCGCACUAAAUCCGAAGCGCACUAAAAUGAAGUUUGGCAAAAGCGUUUGCAUCAUCAAUGUCGGGGGCACCAAGUACCCUCUCCCGAAAGACGUUAUCAAGGAUUUCCCCUUACGACGUGUCAGCCGUCUCCACAACUGCGCGUCGGAGAGGGAAGUGCUGGAAGUCUGUGAUGACUACGACCAGGAGAGGAACGAAUUCUUUUUUGACAGACACUCUGAGGCGUUCGGUUUUAUCAUGCUGUACGUAAAAUACGGCAAGUUGAGGUUCGUGCCCCAGAUGUGCGAACUUUCCUUCUACAACGAGAUGGUCUACUGGGGCUUGGAAAGCUCGCACCUGGAGUUUUGCUGCCAGCGACGACUGGAUGACCGCAUGUCGGACACCUACACACAAUCUCCCGAGGAGGACCACGAAGCUGCUGACUUCAGGGACGAGGACCAGCCGGAGCGCCCUAGCGAUUCCAAGUGGCUGGAGAGAUUGCGCAGAACGUUUGAGGAGCCCACCUCUUCGGUGGCAGCGCAAAUUCUGGCCUCGGUGUCCAUGAUUUUUGUCAUUGUGUCUAUGGUGAUACUUUGCGCAAGCACUUUACCGGACUGGAAAACAGCCGAGAGUAAUGUCGUGGAAGAGCACAGGAUCAUCGAAGGUGUGUGUAUCGGCUGGUUCACUGCCGAGUGCAUCAUCCGCUUCCUGGUGUCGCGGGACAAGUGCAAGUUCGUGCGGCGGCCGCUCAAUAUCAUCGACCUGCUGGCCAUCUCGCCCUACUACGUCUCCGUGGCGAUGACGGUGCUGACGGGCGAGAACUCGCAGCUGCAGCGGGCCGGCGUCACGCUGCGUGUCCUCCGCAUGAUGCGCAUCUUCUGGGUCAUCAAGCUGGCGCGCCACUUCCUGGGCCUGCAGACGCUCGGGCUGACCCUGCGCCGGUGCUACCGCGAGAUGGUCAUGCUGAUGGUCUUCAUCGCCGUGGCCAUGGCCAUCUUCAGCGCCUUGGCCCAGCUGCUGGAGCACGGCAUCUACGACCUGGGGUCGGGCAACGAGGACUACGCCAGCAUCCCGGAGGCGUGCUGGUGGGUUAUUAUCUCCAUGACCACCGUGGGCUAUGGAGACAUGUACCCCAUCACCGUGCCGGGGCGCGUGCUCGGCGGCCUGUGCGUCGUGAGCGGCAUCGUGCUCCUGGCGCUGCCCAUCACCUUCAUCUACCACAGCUUCGUGCAGUGCUACAACGAGGUCAAGUUCCGCUCGGCCCGGGUUGCCCGCAAAAUCUCCGCCGAGUUAAUCAACUGAGGGGCAAGAGAGGGAGUGCCAUGGGGCAAGACAGCAGCCCUGAGAACUCUGAUAGAACUGAAUGGGGAGGCAUGGAAAUGGCAGCCCCCUCAAUAACUCUCAAUAAUCACCCUUAUCACCUCCUCCCUUUUCUGGCCUACCAAAGUCUCUCCACCAUAGAAAGUUCCAGAUGUUUCUGAUUGCAGUGUGGGCUUUAAAGCCUGUGUACACUUAAAACACAAGUUGUAUUUAAAAGUGUUCAAAAACAGGUCUACUUGUCCACUUAGAGCCAGUGGGAGGUCAUGAGGAGAAGCCUUGGAGGCUUCAGAGCUCACUGAUUAAGACAUUCAAAACCCACAUGAGGAGACUCUCAAGGCAAUCAAUUCUGUUAAUCAACUGACCAACCAACCACACACCUGGCACCUGGAUUGAAUUGCUGUUCAUCAGGGAAAGACCCUACAUCCUGUAGAGUUCCUUAUGUACAACCGCUCUAGUUGAGAGUGUUUUUUUUUAAUGAAGAUUGGAAGGGGGGAGGGAGGGGGGUUGUUGUGCGUGAAUGCGCAUAAGGGUGCUGCUAUGGCGACCAGGGUUUUCUGGCUAGAUGUCCUUGACUAAGCCACACAUGUAGAGAGCAGCUUGUCUGUGUCCAGAAGAGGCCUUCAUAUCACUUUCUCAGCUACAGAGAGGCUGGCUGGCUGGCUUCUCUUCUAACUGCCUUAUAAACCUAUUCUUAUUUCCCUUUAAAAUGGAAAGAGAAAAAAAAACAUGGCUUUGCACCAGGCAACAGGAUUACAGACACUGAAUGCCAUCUGAAAUGCCACUGAGCUGGCAAGCGCUGGCGAGAGCUGAACAGCGUGUGUGUGAUUUAGUUAUGUGUUCUCAGACUCCCAUUUCCCCCCCACCAUGCGUUGUGGUAUCUAUAAAUGUGUUAAAACAGAGGCAGAAUCAUAUCAAACUUUGUCAAACCUGUGUGAAAAAAAAGCUCUCUUUUCCCAGAACUUUGUCGGGAGAACUCAGGAGGGAUAGAGCUGUAGCAUUUACCCAAAGAGUGUGAGAAAUAUUCUGAAUGAUCAAAAAGCUUCAUACGAACAGAUAAUCAGUGAACUGUGCUUAACACUCUGAUAUUGGCAUUGCAGUCAGCGUCUAAGCAAUCAGCUGUUGGUGUUAAAUCAAUUACACAAUUGUCUGCAUCAUAUUCAAAAUCAGACAUUUAGCAACAACCAUCUGUCUUCUGACAUCCCUAAUAGGUUUAGAGUGUCAGAAAAAAGAAGGGAGGGAGAGAGAGGUAGAUAACAUAGAGACGAGAGAGAGAGAGAGAGAGAGAGAGAGAGAGAGAGAGAGAGAGAGACAGAGAGAUGUAUUAAGCAGGGCAGGCCACGGAGUGACAGUUCGCCAUGGAGGAAUCGGUGGUCCAGAUGAUGCUUCGCACUGCACAGAGGCCGAGCGAGCACUUUCCUGUCAACUUCCUGUCUGUUUGUCCGCUCUCCACCUCUGUUGCAUUGCUGGCCUUCAGGCAAGAGGAGCCUCAGCUUUCAGGCCAACGCUAAGCUGCUAACGGCUAGUCCUCGUCAAAUAAAAGAAACAGCAGCAAACAGCGACAGAAACAGAAACACGAGGCUACAUAGCUUAUCCUAGUCCAGCCUUGAGCCAUGCUCCUCUUGAAGCUGUCGUCUGUGCCACCCUCUUCUCCUCGACUUGCUGUCACGUCCACUUUGAGGUGGCUUGUAGCAUCCUGUCAGCAGGCCCCGAGGCCUGUGGAUGGGAGUAAAGCAGAAGGUAGAGGCAGGGUGUCAGUUAUUGAUCGCAGGUCUACACACCGUAGGAUAUACACAUGGAGCAAUUCUGCAUGCUGAUCAGUCACGCUGUGGAAAAGCAUCGGCUCUCCUGCACCACUGCAGCAGCUGAUUUUCUACAGCCUGUUUCUGGUCCUCCUCCACCCACACAUUAAAUAGGUGAGGCGCUGACCCUGGGUAAAUGGCCAUGAAUGCACUUUGAAUGGUGUUCUAGAUGAGUUUGAUUAUGAUUCGUGAAGUCCCCAUAUAUAAAGGUCACUCCUCAUGCUAUAGCCAUGCAGGGAGUGAACAGAGAGAGAGACAAAGACAGAGAUAUGUCUGAAGGACUUUCACCGUUUUCAUUCCACUGUAGCUAUACAUUUCGAUAGAUCUUUUUCUUUUUCUUUUUUUCUUUAAAGAAAAGCGAAGCUUACACUUUCAGUAUGUGGCGUGGGCAGCCUUGCCUUUCCCUUUAAGAAGUGGUGCACUGUUUCAGCAACCUCAGUGGUUGUGUUCGCCUGGUCGUUUCUCUCCACAUUUCCCCCAUUGAUCAGUCUGGUCAGCUAGCACCAUCUGUCCAUGCAGUCAGUCAAAGUCUUUCACUUGGCCCUUUUCCCAGAUUAAUCAAUAGGGUGAAAUGGGGUAAUGUUUGUGUUAAACUUUUAUGGUGUUGCACAAAUCCUACAAGAGAGUCACACCGCUCUCUGCCCCAAAUUAAACCAAUUCAUAGAGGUGACUUUCACUGUCAAAUUACAUGGUUUAUGAUUUCAUUUUCACAUUUACAGUAUCUGGAUACUGGUUGCAUUUAAAUAAACUUGAGGGGUCAUUAAUGCGGGCUUAUUACAGAUUGCAAAUAUAUGCCAUUGAUGUUUCCACUUU